AUGGGCAGCGUGGAUGGAGUUGAUGAUUUGACAUUUAAAGUUAAUUUUAGCGGAGAUGGAGCAGCUAAGUUGAAGGAUAGUGUCAAGAGUAAACUCAAGGAGUUUGUAGGCGACUACACUGAUGAUAAUCUUGCGGAAUAUGUGAUUGUGUUAUUGAGAAACGGCAGACGUAAAGAUGAAGCAAUGGAUGAGUUGAAAAUUUUUCUUUGGGAUGACAGCGAUUCUUUCGUCACCUGGUUGUGGUAUCAUUUGGCUUCAAAUUUGGAUCUGUAUAUUCCUUUUGAUAAACCUCAUGUUGAAGCAGCCAGACCACCUGCAUUGCAGAAACGGUCUGCUGAUUCUGAAAGAGGAACUACCAAGAUUUUCAAGAAACGGCGCAACAGGGAGUGGAAGGGACUAGUUAGAGAUGCAGCAGCUGGACCACCUCCUCUUCGAAGCUCUGAUGUUGAGAGUAUUCGUUUUGAAGAAAAAACCGGUCGUAAAGUAAACCGUGGAAGAUCUACCUCUCCUCCCCCUACUCAGAAGAAAAGGUGUAGACCUGAUGAGAGACAGCCUAUGAAAAGGGAAGCAGUUUCUAUGAAGAACAUUGAUGCCCCUAGGCGGCUGCUUCAUAUUGCUGUGCGAGAUGCAGUUGGAACUUCACCUGUUUCAGUAAAGGAACCAUCAUCCAAGCGCCUUAGAUGUGUUGUCUCAACAUCUUCUGGAGAUGUUCCAAUUCGUCAUCGGAGGAUUCAGCCUGUUGCAAGAGUGCCUAACUCAAUGGCGACAGUGAUCAAGGCUGUUGCAGAAGCUGCUGAAGAUGUGACAAAGGUGAAAAGUGCUGGAAGUGCCUUUGACAGGCUCGGCCCUGGAAUGGAUGUUUUUAGAACAUGA